AUCUCCCUCAUUCUUUCUCUCUCUCUAGAAGCGUCUUCUUCAACCGCUGCUUCUUCUCCACUCUCUCUGUUCAUUUCUCCUCUUUGUGCAUGGCAGUGCGUUUGUUGGCUCAUGAGGUCUCUGAUAUAUGCCUUGGAAAGCCUGCAUUAAGGUCCAUCUCCGUCUCGGCUACACUCGCCGACGCCCUCUCUGCACUCAAGAGGCUUGGUGAAAACUACAUCAGUGUCUGGAACUGCGCCUGCCAUUCCUCCAAAUCCGGCUCCGGCGACGAUUGUCGAUGUGUCGGCAAGAUUUCCGUGGUCGAUGUUGUCUCAUUCCUCUGUAGAGAAGAGAAUCUCUCGCAACCUGCCGUCGCGCUUCAUUCCUCUAUUUCGGUUAUCAUUCCGGAGGUUCCUGUCAUCGUUAGGCAUUUGCAACCUCAUGCUAGCUUGGUGGAAGCUAUAGAUCUCCUCCUCGAAGGUACACAAAAUCUCGUAGUCCCAAUUCAAACUAGAACCUUCGCGAAGUCCAGAAAGAAGGUGCUUAAGGAAGUUGCUCCCUUCGACUGUACGCUUCACAAUAACCUUGAAUACUGUUGGCUCACCCAAGAGGACAUAAUCCGUUACCUCCUAAACUCUAUUGGGCUUUUCAGCCCCACCUCCAUAACCCCCAUUAAUUCCCUCAACGCCAUCGACACAGCCAACAUCCUCGCUAUACACUACGACGAUCCUGCUCUCUCUGCCCUGCCCCUCCUUUCACAAGCCAUCAUCCACCAAUCCGCCAUUGCAAUAGUCGACUCAGAUGGGAAGUUGAUUGGAGAAAUCUCACCCCUGACAUUGAAUUCUUGCGAUGAAACCGUAACUGCUGCAAUCGUUACACUCUCAGCAGGUGAAUUAAUGGCGUAUGUGGACUGUGGUGACCCGCCGGAGGAUUUGUUGCAGCUGGUCAAAGACAGGCUGGAGGAAAGAAACUUAGGGGCAUUGUUGGAGUGGGUGGAAGAAGACUCGGCAAUGUCAUCAUGUUCUUCAUUUUACUCAACUUCAUCAGAUGACGAUUCCGGUUCUAGCUUGGGACGGAGUGGAAAGUUUGGAAAGCCUUCAGCCAGGCAAGUGAGGAGCUCAGAGACUGCUGCGUGCAAUCCCCGGAGUUCAUUGGUGGCAGUGAUGAUUCAAGCGCUUGCACAUCGUGUGCCGUAUUUGUGGGUGGUCGAAGACGAUGGAAGAUUGGUUGGCAUAAUCACGUUUGUGUCGAUGUUGAAGGUUUUCCGCGAGCGUUUGAAAUCAAUGUGUUAAAAAGGCCUCAGCAAGAGCUUGCUUUUAUCUUAAGCCUAAACUAUAAUUACUGCGUCUUCGUGUGGGGUGUGUUUUGAACUCAGUUAUGUUAUCUUGCUCUCUUUAUUUUGAAGUAUAAUGUUAAUUCGUAACAAGCACAGACCGACUCUUUCUUCAUGUCUUUCCCAAGUCCAGUGCAAGUCUUGUAGCUUCUCUACUGGAUAAACUUCUUUGUCUACUGCAACUGAAAUUUGGGCUAAUUGAUUGGGUAUCGUUUGAAA